AUAUUGGGUGAGGGCAAUGAGGCCUCCGCCGCCAACUUGAGCUCGGGUGAGGGACCCGCCGACCGGGGCCGGCGCGGUGGGGUGUCCCGGCGAGGGCUGGGCGCCGGCCCGCGGGAGGCCCGGUCCCGGCGCAUUGAGCCCUUAUAUCUUGCUGGUUGCAGAGCAUCAGCUGGGUGCUGCGUGAUGGGUCGAGCUGGGGGUCCAGGGAUGAUAUUUGAAUUGAGGCAUGUGGUGCUGACCUGCCUGAGCAUGGAGCCUCCUCUUCCUGAGGUGGGGGGAGUUGUUUACAAAGCGACAGCCUGUGUCUCCAACGGCUCAGAAACUCAUCCGGGGAUGAGAGUCAUUCAUUUUUGGCUUCAUUUUCAAGCAUUUUUCAAGCUGUCACAGCUUGGCAGAGUGAAGGAUGCCGAGGAGGAAGAAGCCCACAGAGGGCCUGGACUCUCGAGGCCAGGAUGGGGAGGAAGAGGAGGAAGAUAAGAGGAACUCAGCCAACACCAAGAAGAAGCGCAGCUUUGUGGAUGCAUUCAUUGUUAUAUCUGACAGUGAUGGAGAGCAGGAGUCAAAGGAGGAGAGUGCAUUGCAAAAGAAGAGAACAAAACAGCAGCUGGAGAGAACGAAGUUUGCUGCUAAAAGAAAAAUCGCACAGAUGACUGAAGAGGAACAGUUUGCACUGGCCCUGAAAAUGAGUGAGCAAGAAGCCAGACAAGUGAACUGUCAGGAAGAGGAAGAGGAGGAGCUCUUGAGGAAGGCCAUUGCUGAGAGCCUUAGUAGCUGUCAGUCCUCGGACUACUCUGAAGCAACCCCUCAGUUGUGUGCAGAAGGCCAAAGCCAGCCCACCAAGAAGGAAGGCUCUGAGAUCCUGGGAGGUCUGGCACUGUGCCCUGACACCCCUCGCUCCGAGUGCAGCUCCCACUCACAGAGCGCCAGAGCUGAUGGGAAUGGACAGAUGGAUGUCGCCCGGAGCCCCCUGGUAGUGUUGAAGAGGUUAAGCCAGGAAAUUGUUGAAAGCUCACUAGUAUCCAGCAUAAUCGUGUCUCCGGGGAAGGACCAGCCUGUGACAAGGUCAAGUGAAAAGCUUUCCUCACCAGCAAAAAGUGAUUCUAGUAACACGUUACCCAGCACUCUCGGAGAGGACCUCAUCUCUCUGAGUCCCACCUUUGGGAGGGUGACUUCAGGCUCCCGGCAACUGACACCUCGGAGACUGUUCAUGAGUUCUUCCAGCUCUUCUGGAACAACAGGCCACGAACCAAAAGAGCAGCCCCUGCCCUGCACUGGCCAUUCUGUGGGAGAAGCUAGUGCUGGGAGCUCAGCCACGCUCUCGAAGAGUGGGACUGCAGAACAGUGUGGCAGCCCCAGGGGGAGCAAUGGGGGAACAGGUACCAAACACAGCUCACAGCCCAGGCAUGCCACCAAAGUCUGUGUUUCCGCAGAGCAAGCAGAGCAGAAUGAGGUGCCUGACAGUACCCCUGAGCUUUGUGUACUGAAUGCAGCAGAGGAGAAGUACAAGCAGGAGGAGGCGAGAGACACAGUGCACUACUACUGGGGCAUCCCCUUCUGCCCCAAAGGGGUGGACCCCAACCAGUACACCAAAGUCAUCUUGUGUCAGCUGGAGGUUUACCAGAAGAGCCUGAAGCAGGCUCAGAGGCAGCUACUGCAUAAGAAGGAGUUUGGUAACCCAGUUGUGCCCAGUCCUUCCUUGAGCAGAAAUGAGCUUGGGAAAGAAGAGCACAUAAGCAGGGAGAAUGGGGUUGCUGAUGGUACAGAAGAUGGAAAUCCAGAUGGGCAGAAGGAGUCUGAGAGCAUGACCUGGCUCCUGCCCUCAAAGAGGAGGGAGGCAGAGAGUCCAGGGCACAGCAUGGAAGAAGAGACCUCCACUUCCGAUGAUGAACCAACCACCAGCUACUGCCAGGCCUCCCAGGCGCUCCCUGCAGACGAUGCUCGUGAGGAAGGGGAACCCAUGCAAGUUGCACAGAGCAUCCCUGUGUUGACUCCACUUGGCAGUAAAAGGAGCCCAGAUACUGCCACAGAAAACUCUGCAGAAGAAGAGAUCUCUGUCUGCCCAGAGACCCAGACGAGUCCACAGGAAGCUCUUGAGGUGGAGGGAGAAGAGCUCUGCUCAGGCCCUGGAGAUGCACCUAUGCAGGCUGGUGGAGAUGAAGACACUGACAAGGCGGUGGCUGAGCGCAGUCCUACCACUGCUGACCAUGUGUUGUGCCCCAUCUGCGAUCAAGGCUUUCCCUCUGCAGAGAUCGAGCCGCAUGCCAUGUACUGCAACGGUGUCAUGGGACAGGAGGCUGGCAAGGACAGCCCAGUGCUCACCCGGCGUCAGAGAGAAGCAAGAAGUAAAGCAGCCAGCAGUGACAGCGGCCAGUCAUCCUUAGACAUUGACAAGUGUGAGAAGUGCUACCUCUGUAAGUCACUGGUGCCACUGCUGCAGUAUCAGAGGCAUGUGGACAGCUGCCUUCAGGCUGCUAGGCAAGCUCAGGGAACCAGGAGGCUGCGAAGAGCCAAGGAUGUUGGAAGACAGGAGAGGGGACUCCUCAGGAUGCUGGAGCUCUCAGAGAGCAAGUCUGCAGGUGCUGAUGCGGGGACCCCCCUCUCUGGACUAGGAGACCAACAGUCCCCUCCUGCUCGCCCAGCCAGAGCCAGGGGGCCGGUGGGGAACAGCCCCACCUCCCUUCAGCACCUUCCCUUCACCAUCUCCCCUGUGAAACCCAGCAUCUCCUCAGAAGCCACAGACUGCGUUGUAGACUUGGAGCCGCACGCGGCUCUUUGCCUGGGCAGCCAGCAGCAGACCAAAGGCUGCCGGCGGAGGAAGCACAAGUUCUGAGGCUGCCAUGGGCAGCAGAUCCCCUCCAUGGCACCGUGCCCCUGUUCUAGCGCAGCCCCGUUCUCCCCCCCCCCCUUUUCUAUGUUUUGUACGACCUGUGCAGGGAGCGCUGGGUGGAGCCGUGACUGUGUUUUAUAGGUGCCUGUGCAGCUUUGCUCUCUGUUAAAGAAAUGGAAAUAUAUUUAUGUAUGUUUUUAUGAAACUGCAGCAACA